UAAUCUUAUUCACUGCAAAACCGCACCACCGCUUCUAUGGCAGUCCUGAAACUCAGCACGGCAGCUUGUUUUGGCGGCAAACCCUAUAAAUGGGCCCGCACAAUCACUAACACCACCACCACCUCUUCCUCCACCACCACCUCUACCUCCGCCUCCGCAUCUCCCUUUAUUACUCCUCACGCUUCUUUGUUCCCGCUAUCUUUGGCCCUAAAAAGCAAUUGGCGCAGGAUAACGCCUUGCGCACACCCUGCCUAUUAUAACAGUAACAAUAACAACCUCUUCUUAGGGUUUGCUUUUGGUGGCCAAAAGCGUUUCUCUUUUUCUCGCAAUUCUAGUUCCUCCUCCUCCUCGUCCAACGCUCAAAAACAGGGAGAGUUCUCUGGAUCCGAUUCUUCGUCAUCCGGGUCGGGUCUUGUGGCUGACAUGGGGUCCGAUGACAAGGUUGAAGAUGUUGAUUGGUACCAAAAUCACCAUUUAAACGGGCCAAAUAAGCAGCCGCCGCCGUCGUCGCAAAAUCAUCAUAAACAAGAAGAUUCCCGCUCUAAAUUGCUAACGCUGCCUACAAUUUUAACACUUGGCCGUGUCGCUGCUGUGCCGCUUCUCGUUAGUACUUUUUAUCUGGAUAGUUGGUGGGGGAGAACAGCUACAACAAGUAUUUUCAUUGCUGCAGCAGUUACUGAUUGGCUUGAUGGGUACCUUGCCCGUAAGAUGAGGUUAGGCUCUGCCUUUGGAGCAUUUUUGGAUCCAGUUGCUGAUAAACUUAUGGUUGCUGCUACCUUGGUAUUAUUGUGUACUAGACCUCCGGAAGUUGCAAUAUUUGGACAAGUUCCUUGGCUACUGACUGUACCUUCUAUUCUCAUAAUUGGUCGGGAGAUAACCAUGUCUGCAGUCAGGGAAUGGGCUGCUUCACAGAAUAGUAAACUUUUAGAGGCUGUUGCUGUAAAUAACUUGGGGAAGUGGAAAACUGCUACACAGAUGACUGCCCUAACCAUCCUCUUGGCUACCAGAGACAGCAGUCUUGGAGGACCAGGAAUCUCUGUAGCUAGUGUUGUUUUGCUUUAUAUUUCAGCAGGUCUUUCUGUAUGGUCUUUAGCCAUGUAUAUGAGUAAGAUAUGGAGAGUGUUGCUGAAGUAAUUUCUUUGCCCUGCUGCGUGUAUUUGCUUCUUGUUAAUGAUGUGGUUGGCCGUCAUAAUGCUUCAGAUACUUCCUUUUUUGAUGACUGCCCUCAAAAUUUGAGUCGCCCUUCAAACCGGUGGUGAAUUAAGGGGAGGUUCUUUUAUUGGGAAACUAAACAUAUUAGGUUACUAAUUUUUUAUUAGAAUUUGCUUUGGUUGAGAUGAUACUACCAUGAUACUACCAUUUUAAGGGUUUCUCUGAGUUUUUUGAACCGUAAAAUUUCCCACACUGACUUGUCUGGAGAAAUAUUAGUAUAUAUGUCCUACAAGGUCUCCCUGUUCAAUUUUUUUACUAAGCACCAACGUUGGUAUUAAAGGCAGAUUUAGGGCUUCCUGUAUGGUGGGCGCAAUGGGUGGACGCGGCAAACAUAUUCUGCAGUAUUCUAGUUGCUGGAAUUGAAGAGUUUUUUUUUUUUCAGUCUAUAAUAUGUAAUCUAAAUGGAGGAUAUUUAAGAAAAUCUUAAUGGGAUGUUUUUUGGGAGCAUUUGGGCUUUUUGCUGAUACAGUUAGAUACAAUUUUAUGAUAUCAUUGCAGCCAUUGAUGGCUCAUUUUGUCAUGUUGACAGCUUCCAAAAUUGAUUCAUUUUAAUGAUUGCAAUUUUCAAAAC